AUGCUUGAAGAGGCAGACCGGCUCAUCUAUGAGGCGGGGCUACAGCUCGAACGAGAUGAAUACAUGGAUUCCGCUCAACACGCUUAUGAAGCGAUGAUCAAAGCCGCGGACGCACUGCUGACGACCGAGGGACUGCAACACAUUGACAACGAAGCCACGGUCAGAGAGUUCCGAAGUCGGUUCUUUGAGCCGGGAAUUGUCUUCCCCGGCUUUGGGGCGCAUAUAUUUAAGGCGGUCAAGGAGGAUGCUAGCACCUUUGAUAGGGAGCUCACCCACCGUCGCGUUGAGGAAGCGACCCUCUUUGUUGAGGAAGCGCAUAACGUCUACGGACGGAUGCGGAUUCGGCAGGAGGAGGAAUCAAGCACUAAGAAGCGGGAAGCUAGACCGGCUCGCAUCCCCAAGGCACCGCCGAAAGCGGAGCCUGUUGAGGAGAUUGUUGAUAGUCUUGACCUCAAGGGUGUGGCGUGUCCGUUCAAUUACGUGCAAGCCAAGAUUCGUUUGGAGACGAUGAAUGUCGGUCAGCUGCUGGAAAUCACGAUUGACGAUGGCGAACCGAUUGAAAACGUCCCCAAGAGCCUAACGAAUGAUGGGCAUGAGAUCGCCGACACUAAGAAGGUUGGUCAGCACUAUCGGCUCGUGAUUCGUAAAGGUGAAUAA